GUGGAACUAUAUUCCGCGGCGGACGGAUGUGCCGGGCACUGCUCGUCACUUCCUUAUGUGGCGCGGAGUGAUUCUGGGGGCCGGGCCUCGCGCGGUACUAAACUACUUUAUAACUUUAUUCUCCGCUUUGCUGGAACCGGAUCAGAUUUAUGGACGAAAUGUUUCCCGGUUUUCCCGCUGACGUCCUGCGGCUCCCGGUGAUUUACGGCGUUUCCUGAUGGGCAGGUAGCUUUACUUGUUGCUAAAGUCACCGCUAACGUUAACGGCUGCUAACGGUCCUGUUAGCUGACUCUGCCCGGACGGGGACCUCUUAGCACCGGGGAAGUGUUGGUGUUUACGCCGCUAACACAGGAGCUUUGGCCCGCCGGGAGCGGGAGGUUGUCAGGCCCGGGGCGGGGGGGGACCCAGCGGAGAAUGCUGGCAGGGAGCGGCGCCGGGAUGGGCACCAGAACCGGAGUCGGGCGAGCGGGCAACGGAACCGGGCUCAGCAGCCUUCCUGUGAACACGGCCGGACCGGGACCGGACACAGCCUCCGAGACCGACGGAGGCCAGUUCCACGACAGGGAAUACAGUACCGAGGUGAUUUACAGCGGCUCCGACCAGGACUCUGACUCCGGGGACGACGAAGACACGGCGGGUUCAGGCGGGGACAGGAGAGGCGUGAAGCGGGAGCGGAGCGAGAGGGAGGUCGGGCAUCAGUCGGCGCCCACCUCCGGAGGCCUGAGCGGCUACGGUGGGGUCAGCCCCGGGGUGCCAGGAGCCAAACCCGGCAAGAAAACCAGAGGAAGAGUCAAGAUCAAGAUGGAGUUCAUAGACAACAAACUGAGGCGGUACACAACUUUCAGCAAGAGGAAGACCGGGAUCAUGAAGAAGGCGUACGAGUUGUCCACGUUGACCGGUACUCAGGUGCUGCUGCUGGUUGCCAGUGAGACGGGUCACGUGUACACCUUUGCCACCAGGAAGCUGCAGCCGAUGAUCACAUCAGAGACGGGGAAAGCUCUGAUCCAGACCUGCCUCAACUCUCCGGACUCCCCGCCUCGCUCCGACCCCUCCUCCGACCAGAGGAUGAGCGCCACGGGCUUCGAGGAGACCGACCUCACCUACCAGGUGUCGGAGGCCGACGGCUGCUCGGAGGUCGCCAAGGAUCUGAUCAAACCAGCGUUCACCAUGUCCAACUUGCCCGGCACCACGCAGACCACACCCUCCUCCUCUUCCUCCUCGUCCACGGUGUCCAUGCAGGUGCAGACCAGUGCCCCCUCCUGGCAGCCGCCCUCCUCCUCCAACGGGACGGUGCUAAAGACGUCGACCGGUGUCAUGCUUCCGGGAGGCUUCACCUUGAUGUCAGGUGCCUCGCUGCCCCCCGGCACACACACCAUCCCCCUCAGCCAGCUGCAGGGCCAGCCUCUGGCUAUCCAGGGCCCCGUGGCCCCGGGCCCCGCUGCCACGCUACACGCUCCGCACACACAGCCGACCACGCUGCUCCGCCUCCCCGCCACCGUGUCACUGUCAGGAGGCGGAGUCUCUCAGCAGCUACAGACCAUCCAGGUUCAGCCCAGCACUCAGCAGACCUCCACCAAUCAGAGCAGCUCAGACAUCCACAUCCCCGCCUCCUCCGCAGCCGGUCUUCCUGCCUGCAUCGUCUCCUCCUCCUCCUCCUCCUCCUCUUCCUCAGUGGCAGGUCACAUGAUGUACCCCGGCGGUCACACGGUGAUGUACGCUGCACCGACGCCCUCACUGGGCGACGGCAGCCUCACUGUCCUCAACACAUUCCCCCCGACAGGCCACGCCCAGUCACAUGACCCCAGCGCCCUCCCGCAGGUCUUCCUCACCUCGCUCCCUCCGGUCGGCGCUCAGAUCCCGGUGUCUGCAGUCCAGCUCCAUCCGAUGGUGAUCAGUCAGCAGAGCAGCAGCAACCUGACGGAGCUGCAGGUCGUCAGUCUGGACGUCCACCAAUCAAAAGACGACUGACUGUCACAUGACUGUCUGUCUCUCUCACACACGCACACACACACGCACACACACACACGCACACACACACACACACACACACACACACACACACACACACACACACACACACACACACACACACACACACACACACACACACACACACACACACACACACACACACACACACACACACACACACACACACACACACACACACACACACAGCUGCAUCUCCUCUGGACGUCAUCAAACUCGGCCAACACUUGUUCUCUUCUCGUUUCCUGCAGUCUGUUUGUUGUGAUGAUGCAAUCGACUUCUCUGUUUUUCAUCAGCAUGUCAACAACAACAACGACAACAACGUCAACAACAACAACGACAACAACGUCAACAACAACCGUGACCACGCACUCUUCACUCUAACUGAUCUACAGUCAGUGUCAGAGCCACAGAAACGCUGGAGGUUUCCACAAUAAAGAAAAUCAAUAUUAAUAUUAAAAUCGUUGUUAAUCAGUGACCCUGACGAUGAUGUCAUCAGACAGAUGAAUGUAGUGAUGAUGUCAGACUGACCAGGUAUCACAUCGUCACACACUCACCUGUGUGUGUUGAAUGUAUUUGUGUUAAUGUGGCAUUUGGAUUUUUUUGGUUUCACUUUAUGAUUUUAAAAACAAAAAGUGCCAAACAGAUCCGCUGGUUAAAGGAGCAGUCCGCCAUGUUUGCUUCCCGCUCCGUCGCUUCACGUUCGUUACUGUCAGUUUAUCAUCGACCCGCGACAGAAAGUCCAGCAUGUUCGUUAGAGAGUGGAGCUUCACACGAUGUAAAACGCUGUGACGUUAGUGUCGAUUCGCUAACAGGUAACUUUAGUCUGGCACGGAUGUGACGGAGUAAAAACAUUUGCAGUUUAGCUCUUAAGGCCUAAUCAUUCGAUUAAUUGGACGAUCAGUAUUGAUCCUUUAUCAGAGGAUGGCAGAUAUAUCGUGUUUGUGCUGUAAAGUACACUCUGUGCACAGUGGUGUGUUUGAGGACACUCGGUCAUCUGACACCUGGUGUAUUGAUGAGUUCAGUCAUCAGAAGACAAACAGGAACCGAACAUGGACUCGGUCCUGAUGUGAUCUGGAUUCAGCUUCAGUCGGAGGAUUUCCUCAGGUCCUGCUGGAUCUGCAGGACCUGAACACGCCUGACGGUUUAUUUUCUAACUAAAAAAUGUUUUUUAGACUUUUGGACCUUUAAAGUCGAAGGUAUUUGUGUUUCACGUAUAUGUUUCUGCACGGCGGUGAUGUCGUCACUUCUGCAGGUUGUUUGCUCUGAACAAUCAAUAAUCAGUCAAUCAAAAGACUUUUGGAGAGAUGUUCAACCAACCGAGCAACUGCCCCGGGGCCCCAGACCCUCAGGGGCCCCAAAGGUUCACUGUGUGGGAACUUUAUUCAUUCUUAAUCUGUUGAGAAGAAGCUGUAAAAUAAAGAUUUUAUAAACUUUAA